AUGGAGCAAACUAAAAUUAAAAAGGUACUUGUUACAGGAGGAAUAGGCUAUAUUGGAUCUCACACCGUUAUUGAAUUAAUAGAAGCAGACUAUGAAGUAAUCAUCAUCGAUAAUCUCGUUAAUUCAAGCCUUGUAUGUCUCGAAAGAGUGAAAGCUAUCGUAUCAAAACCAGAAAACAUCACUUUUGAGGAAGUAGAUUUGAGAGAUGCUACUCGACUUAGUCAGGUUUUUCAUGAAUAUUUGCCAGAUGCUGUGAUUCACUUCGCAGCUUUGAAAGCAGUUGGUGAAUCAGUUGCUAAACCUCUUGACUAUUACGAAAAUAAUGUUGGUGGAACUAUAAACCUACUCAAAUCUAUGAAUUUGUACAAAUGCAACAUGAUUGUCUUUUCCAGCUCAGCUUGUGUUUAUGGUGACAAUCCUUAUGCAUCAGAAACAGACAGACUAGCCCCGAUAAAUCCAUAUGGUAUGACUAAAGUUAUGUGUGAAUAGAUCAUCUAAGACUACUCAAAUACUAACAAGAAUUUCGCAGCUGUUAUUCUGAGAUAUUUCAACCCUAUCGGAGCACACUCUUCAGGAAUGAUUGGAGAAGACCCUAAAGAUAUACCAAAUAAUCUUAUGCCAUAUCUCUAGAAAGUUGCUUCAGGCUAACUACCACAUUUGAAUGUAUUUGGCAAAGACUAUGAUACUGUUGAUGGUACAGGAGUUAGAGACUACAUUCAUGUUGUAGAUUUGGCAUAAGGCCAUAUUGUUGCACUAGAUAAGCAAGAGUAACUUUAAGGAUAUCACGUGUUCAAUCUUGGGACAGGUAAUGGAACAUCAGUGCUAUAGUUGGCUACUGCCUUUGAAAAGGCUUUUGAGACUGAAAUGAAGAAAGUAAUGUGCGAUAGAAGACCAGGAGACGCUCCUAAAUCUACUGCUUGUGCUGACAAAGUAUUUAAUGAGCUAGGAUGGAAGGCUAAGCUUGAUAUUGAUGAUAUGUGCAGAGAUUCAGCUAACUGGACCAAAAAGAAUCCAAAUGGAUUUCAUGCUUAACCUUGA